AUCCUACACGCCAGGGCACAACACAUCCAUAACAGAACAAUGACCUUUAAAGCUUUUGUGGUGAGAGGUGAAAUGAAAUGCUAGCAGCCAUUUCCUUGGUAGAUUAUCUAAAAUGAUUUCAUCGUGUGCCAGUGUCCACUAUGUUAGUCGCUUUUCUCAACAAGUUUAAGGCCUUAAAAUCUGCAAGAAAUUUGAGUUUCUAUGUGGACUCUUCCAUAAGCGUUGUCUGUGCUAAGUUUAAUGGUGUUUUGAGUAGAUUUGUAAUGGCUGUUGGGUUUCCAAGAGAGCAGCAAGUGUAGAGGAGACUAUAUUUUGCUUCACAUGGAAAAGGAAGGGAACCACAGAUACAGCUUUGAUGGUGCCAAUUGAGCUCAGGCAAAGAAAGCAGGAAAUAAGCAAUUGAGAUCGAUUGCCAUUGAAUCUAUCAGUUUCCAGAGUCAGGGAGGUAUGCAGAGAGUCCAUGAAGCACCAAAGCAGAAGAGAGAGAAGGAAUAAGAGGGAGAAGGAGGUGGAGGAGGAGAAGAUGCCAACUUUUUGGUUUGCCUUGAGGAGAUCUCUCCACUGCAAGUCUGAGCCAUCAGAGGUUCAUGAUUCAAAGGCCAGGGGGCAUCUUGAAACCAUCUUGACACGGACGGCAGGAAGGUCUGGGUGCUCUAGAUCCAUGGCCAACCUCAAAGAUGUGAUCCAUGGGAGCAAGAGACACCUUCUGAAGCCACCAAGUUGCAGUCCGAGGUCCACCGGGAGCAGUAAGCUUCUGAAUCCCAUCACCCAUGAGGUUGUUCUUAGCAAUCCAAGCUGUGAGCUAAGAAGGAUCACUGGAUCCGGAGCCUGUCAUGACUCUACCUAUGUUGGCACCGUUUGGUCUGGGACACCAUGGCCAGGAGUCCACCAUCCUCUCCGACAUAACCCUUCAUGCACUCCAAGAAGAUCUCCUAGCUUUUCUGGGGUUUCAUCUCUCUCUCCUGCUUUGCCUGGCAAUGGUGUUGCUGCAGUUCAUCAUGCUGUUCCAGCACCAAGGUUCUCCCAUGAAACAGAUGUGCAGGUAUCCUCUGCAGCUGUUGCCUGCCAUAAAUGUGGGAAGAUGUUUGUGAAGUGGCAGAUCUUGGAGGCACACCAUCUAUCCAAGCAUGCAGUGAGCGAACUUGUGGAGGGAGACACCUCUAGGAAGAUAGUAGAAAUGAUCUGCAGAACAAGCUGGUUAAACACAGGGAGCAGUUGCAGGCAAAUUGAGAGGGUCCUAAAGAUCCAUAACAUGCAAAGAAAUCUUGCUCAGUUCGAGGAGUACAGGGAGACGAUCAAACUGAAAGCCAGUAAGCUCCCAAAGAAGCACCCCAGAUGCCUGGCCGAUGGCAACGAACACUUACGGUUCCAUGGCACCGCAAUUGCCUGCUCUCUUGGCUCGAAUGGCUCUUCCAGCCUUUGCACAUCAGAGAAGUGCAGUGUUUGUCAGAUCAUUCGACAUGGAUUCUCCUCAAAGAAGGAAUCCAAGGGAAGGAUAGGCGUGUUUACGACUUCCACUUGUGGCAGAGCACUCGAAUCCAUCGAGACUUGCGAAGAUGAUCCUUCGGUGAAGAAAGCACUGCUGGUUUGCAGAGUCAUUGCAGGUAGAGUUCACAAGCCUUUGGACACCUACCAAGAGCUCGUAGGUCGGUCUGCUUUCGAUUCGAUGGCGGGGAAGAUCGGGAUCUAUGGAAGCAUUGAGGAGCUCUAUCUGCUCAAUCCCAGUGCUCUACUGCCAUGUUUUGUGGUAAUAUGUAAGCCAUGAAGUUACUUGGAACAAACAAUGAGUUUAAUUCUCAUUUAUUGUUCCAAAUUGUUAUCUGAUCACAAGCAAAUUUGUCUGAAACUUUCAGUCCUCGUAUCAAUCACAGCCAA